UACACCAACGUUUACGCGGACCUUCGACUUUUGGAACCAAUUAAACUGGCAAAUACGCAUGCGUCUUAAUAUUGCGCGAAGUUCAAGGCCACAAAAAAAGUCAGAUAGAAUUCCUGUACUUAAAAGAUGGAAGAAGGCGGCAUUGAAGCGACCCAGGCCUUGCCUUUUGAUGAUUAUGAUGAUGAUGCGACAGAUGAUGAGGACCCUGACAGACCUGCAGCCUAUUUGAAUGUGCCUCUACAGAAAGGAUUCCAUGGAAAGCAGUUCCCACUUUUUGAAGGUGACAAUAUUAUUGGAAGAAGUGAAGAAUGCAAAAUAUGCAUACCGCUCAAGGGCUUGUCAAGGGAACAUGCCUGUAUAGAGGUGCAUGGGACAUCUCACUUCAUCUAUGACAAGGGUAGCCGUAACCGCACACGAAGGAACAAGCAUUUCCUGGCAGCCUCAGUGAGGUAUGAAUUGAAAGACAACGACCAACUGGUAUUUGGAGAUGUCGAAUCAGAAUAUAAACUGAACUCUUUUGAAGCUUCUGAUGACCAAUUUGAGACUGGUUCCAUGGACCAGUUCCAGACUGCUCCUAAUGAUGACACAAGCGGAGAACCAGACAAGCCUCCAGCGGACACAGAGGAAGAUGGCUUUGAAAGUGAUGCAAGCAGCGACAUUCUAGAACCAUCCCAGAAAUUCGCCAGUGGGACCCAGUCAAUGUUGAAAUCCAUAUCCAUGCUUGGUGACAAAACUAUAGGUCAAAAUAUAACUGUAAAAGAGACUCCUAUGCAAAGUAGAACAAAACGAUUCAUUGAGGACAUUGUGUUGCCUGAGUCAGGGUCAGACACAGAAGGUGAUGAGGAGUCGUUAUCCAGACCUCCUGCAACCCUCAUUGUUGCAGACAGCCAGGAUGAUUCUGUGGGAGAGAGGUCUGCACUGCUGGCAGCCCCCACCCAAGCAUAUGUGUGUGACAGUGAUGUCACUACAGAUGAUGAUGAGGAUAGCAGUAUGGCUGGCAAGAGGUCCCUGCUUAUGGCCCCAACACAGGCCUUUGUACAGGAGGAUUCUGAUAUCAGCACCUGCAGUGAGGCCUCCCCAGUGAAGAGAAGCAUGCUGACUGCUGCCACACAGGCCUAUGUCCUGGACUCUGACACUGACAUGGUAACUAUGAGCCCUGCCAAGCGUAGCCUGCUUUUUGAGCCAACCCAGGCUUACAAUAUGGAGGCAGGCAUUGAGCCAACAGUGGGCUAUGAUAUGAAGGGAGGCUCAGACAAGCUAGAGGAGUCUGGCAGCCAUCUCAUGUUUGAACCCACUCAGGCCUACCCUGGGGUGGCAGCAGAUGAAGAUGAGGAGGAUGCACAGUCUGACAGCUCAGAAGAGUUUGUACUGGAGGGGGACACAGACACAGAGGAUAACAUGGACCCCAACAUCAUGGGAGCUGCAACCCUAGCGGUCGACACACAGGGUAUGGAUGACACUGUAGAAGACAACGAUGCAACUGUUCCUGUUGAAGAUGAAACCCAGGCUGUUGCUGCUGAUAAAGAGAAAGAUACAAAGGGUGGUGAACAUGUUGAGGUAGCUGAAACUCAAAUGAUUGACAGUGACACAUCACCCACUAAGUCUUCAAGAAGACAAGGACCAGCUAAUGCUGAUGAUGCGACCCAAGUUAUUAUAGAGGGGGAAGAAACUGGAACUAAUGAAGGAAAGGUAGAUAAUCAGGUUUAUGAGAUGGAAACACAAGUGAUUAUGGAUGAAGCUACUCAAGUGUUAGAUGGAGGUAAAGGGAUUGGUAUGAAGACAGAAGGACAUCCCAAUGUCAGUGUAGACAAUAUUGCUGAGACACAAGUGUUUGAUGAGAGUACAUUGGCUGUGUAUGAUGUGAAACACGAGGCAAAACCUGAACAGGAAGAUGAUGGUUUGGAUAUUGAUGCAACUCAGGUUAUUGAAGAGAAUCAUGCAUCUGAAAACAGGCAGAAUACACAGUGUGAUCGAAGUAACAAUCUUGCAACCCAAGUGUUUCAAGAUACCAAACAUUGCACACAAACUGUUGUAAAGAAAAAGUUAUCUAAAGAUCACAUUGGUGAUGGUGAAACUCAAGCUUUCUCUGAUGCAGACAUGGUCACCUUUGAUAUUAACGCAGUUUCUACACUGGCAAUGGAGGCUGACAUCUCUGUUCCUGUUGCAGAUAAUGAUGUAGCAGAAAAGUAUGGAGUUGACGCAACUCAGGUGUUUGAUGAUGCAACUGUUGCUGUAACUGAUGACACAACUGAAACUAGUCAGAAAAAAACAUCGAGAAGAGCAACAAAGAACAUUUGUGAUGAUGCUACACAAGUAUUAGAGGAUGUCACUGUGGUUGUAAAUAAUGAUGCUAAUGAACAAUGCAAUAAACUAGACCAGGAAAAGACAUCUAAGAAUAUUUCUGAUGAUUCUACACAAGUCUUUGAAGAAGCCACUGUUUCUGUCACUGACGUUGCUGUUAGAACCAGCAAGAAGCAAUCAGCUACCAAAACAGCCAAAAAGAAAAUGUGUGAUGAUGCUACUCAAGUGUUUAAUGAUGUCAACCUUGCUGUUGCAGACGAAACUAUUGAACCUUAUACAACAAAGACAAUAUUCACCAACAUUGGUGCAGAAUCAACUCAAGUGUUUGAUGAUGCCACAGUUGCAGUUGCAGAUGACACAGAUGAAAUCUUUGAGAACAAAGCAGUGACAAAAUGUGUUGAGAUUCCAGGUUUGGAUCAAGCUAUGGCAAUCGAUAAAGUACUUGCAGAAAAGCAGCCCAAGAGUAAAAAAGGUGUUAAAAAGAAAGUGAAUAAAAAAGAAAUGGAGAACACUGAAAAGCCUGUUGAUGAAAAAAGUGAAUUAGAUGCAGAAACCCAAGUAUUUGAUGAAGUCACUCUAUCACUUCAAGAAUCUCCAAAGGGUGAGAAUAAACCAGGUAAAGAAAAGGAAGGCAUGGGUUGUUAUGAUGCAAACCAGAUUGUGGAGGAAAAGGCCCAUGUUGAUUUUGAUCGAGGUGUGAAUACUGGUGCGAAAAGAAAAAGGGGUGGAAAGUUAAAUGAAACAGCGAAUACCAUAACCGGAAGUGAACAUAUAACUGAAAAACUUGAUAACACACGUAUUGAGAAAGAAGAUGAAAAAAACUCAAACAAGAGACCAAGAAAAGCGAAUGCAAAAAUAAACAAAGAAUCUGCAAUAGAAUUACAGAAUGAAGAGAAGAAUGCUCUUCUUAUACCUGAUGCUGCACCUGACACUUCAGCAAAUAUUCCUACCAAGAGAGGUAGAGCUGCACAAAUUUCUCAAAAUAAAUCGGAAACUAAGGACAGUAAGAAUGAGAUUGUUGAUGGAUCUACAGGUAAAGUGAAGGAAUGCAGUGAAGAGACUGUAGGAGAAAAUAUUAAACUUGGCAGAGGUCAACGGGCAAGAAGUAAGAAUAAGAAGUUUACAGAAACUGAAGUUGAAACAAAUAAAAAACAAAUAGGUAAAGGUAAAGGAAAAAAGACUGUUGAAAAGAAACUUGUUCAAGAGCCUGCUGAAGUAGAAGUGAAGUCUAGACGUAGAAGAGGUACACCUGGAGAAACUGAUGGAAGCACAGAACAGGCUGAGGCAGAAGAGUUUGAACACCUGAGUGAGGCAGCAGAGACACAAGUUUAUGCAUCUGAAAGUGAAACAGAAGCAACACAGAAGUAUGAAAUGGAUGAUGAUGAUGCCACACCUGAUAUAAACAAGGAGGACUCCACUCCAACCGUCCCUGUUGUUGUGGUCUCAUUGAGUAAAACUGCACUGAAGUCUGCACUCGCAAGUCCUAAGAGAAAACUUUCUCCAUCACCAAAAAGAGUGGCCUUCAAGUCACAGAGUUCCGCAGGGUCGAAUUCUAGUCAGGAGACGAAAUCACGCAGAAGCAGGGUUAAAGUCACUGAUGAAAAGGCUGAAACAAGCAAUCAGCAAAGUUUAGAACCUUCAAUUGUUGCUUCUACUAGAAGAGGAAGUCGUAGAUCUUUGGCAGUAGAUAAAUUGGAACCAGAGAAGAAUGUGGAAGACACUGAAGCUGACCAUAAUAAAGAACCUGUUGGGCAAACUGCAACAAGAAGUAAGCGCGGAAAAAGUUCCAGAAAGACCAAAGGUGACAAUGCUGGUGGGGAAACAGAAUCGAUUAGUACAGAGGCUGAUUUUAGUGUGAAAGAAGUUGAUAAGGAUGAAAAGAAAAUGGAUGUUGAUGUGCCACCAAAAGGUGUUGUGUCAAAGCGUGGCAGUAGGUCAAAUUCUGAUCAGAAAGGUGUUGAUACUGGAACAGAAGCAACUGAAAAUGGUAUAAAUGGUAAUAGUGUUGACAAAUCUAAUUUUGGAGAAAAUACAACAGGUGUAAAACAUUCAAGACUUGUGAAAUCCAAAGUUCUUCAUUCCAGUAAGGGUGCAGAUGCAGAGCCUUCACCUGCAGAGAGAAGCAAAGAUAGUCAAGAAUUAAAUCUAGUAUGUGAUGAAUCUAAAGUUCUGAAAAAUAAAAAGUCAAACAUUUCUAAAAAAGGUAACAAUGUAGAUACAGAUGUAAAGCAGGACCAAAGUUGUUUAAUGGAUAAGCCAGUGAAUUCUAGAAGAAAAACAAGAAAUAAUGUUGAAGAGAGUUUGAACUUAACACAAAGUGAUAAUCCAAAUAUAGAAAAUACAUCAGAGGAUACAAAAGUCCCAAUUGUAACAAAGAGUGAAAUAUUGCAUAACGAUACUAUUUCGUGUAAUAAGGGUAGGACUAAAAGUGCAAGAAAUAACAAAGACACUUUGCAGGCUACAUUUAGUAGUCAAGUUGACAAUAAUAGGACCACAUCAAGAAAUACAAGAAGAAAGAUUCAUGGAGAAAAUGAAUCAACCGAAUGUGAUGCAGAUUCUGUGGUAAAUAGAACUAUGAAGAAAGAACUGAAUAACCCUAAUGAGCGGCAAGAGGAUGACGCUGAACAAGGUAAGGAAGAAAAUGUAAAGGAUAGUCAUUCUAAAGGAGAUAAAGGGAAAGGACGGAAAAGUGGGAUAAAAACACAAAAGACUGAAAUUGCUUUGGAUGAAAACUCUACAAAUGCUUCUGAAACAAAUGCAGUAAGAAUAGGGCGAAGAGAAAACACAUUAGAACAGGAAGAGUCUAAAGAAGUAGAGACUGGAACAGUACAAGAUAAAAGUGUAGUCAGUACCACUGUAAGUGAAGCUAGUGUUGGUAAAAGAGGCACGAGAGGACGAAUGCAAGAAAAAGUAGAAGCAGCAUCAGAUGAAAGCAUUGUCAACACUUCUGGGAGUGGUUCAGAAAUAAAUAAAAGAGGAAGAAGAGAAAAGAAAGCGGAUCCAGAUGAUGAAGAGACUCAAUCGAAACCAGAUGAAAGCAGUGCUAACAUUACUGUAACUGGAGCAAGUGAAGCUCGAAGAGUUCGAAAAGGAAAGAAGGUAGAUAGCAAUGAAAAAGUAGAUUUUGAGUCAAAAGUGAAGGUUGAGGUUGCAAAUGAGGUCUCAGAUCCGGAAGCAUUUCCACUAUCAGGAAAACUGAAAAGGAAAGAGAGUGACAACGAUUCACAAGCGAGUUUAGAGGAGAAACCAGGGAAACGAAGGAAGACAACACUGGACCCAGCAGAAACACCAAAACACAAGAACAAGCGGUUGUCAGCUGUGUGCACACCAAGUGGCAAGGAUAUGGGCCCUGACUCCACGGUAACAAGCUCCCCAGCACUACGGAAGUCUACAACAGACGGACAGAAGGCCAGGGUCAUGUUCACAGGCGUUUUGGAUGAACAGGGAGAAAAGGUAGUGAAGGAGCUAGGAGGAGAACUAGUGACCUCAGCUGCAGAAUGCACACAUCUUGUCACUGACCAGGUACGGAGGACAGUGAAGUUCCUCUGUUGCCUCUCACUAGGCAGGCCAAUUGUAACUCCUCAGUGGUUGGUCUCCAGUAAAAACAGUGCUUUCUUCACAGACUGGUCCCCUUUCCUGAUUCGAGAUGAUGCCUCUGAGAAGAAGUACAAGUUCACCCUGCAUCUGUCCCUGGACAAGGCCCGCAGCAAGCCCCUACUGGAGGGAUAUUCAGUCCAUGUCACCAAGUCUGUCAAACCCCCACCGGACCAGAUGAAUGAAAUCCUGAAAUGUGCUGGAGCAAAGGUACUCUCCUCAAUGCCUAAGACGCCCCAACCACUCACAGUGGUCGUAUCCUGCCCUGAAGACAACUCUGUAUGUGAUGUUGCAGUGAAGGCAGGCGUUAGAGUGGUUUCCUCUGAGUUUGUACUCACUGGGGUCCUCAGGCAGGAGGUCGAUUUAGAUGCCCAUGCCUUGUUUGCAGUAAAUCAGGGAUUCAAGAGAAUGACGUUGAAUACAUCAACCAUGUCAGAACCAGGUGGAAAGAAGAGGCGCAAGUAGUACCUAUUGAAAUCUCAAUGCUUCAUUUUUGCCAUAGUUGUACAUAGCCAUGAAGAUCUUAACAUAAAUUCAGACAACAGAGACAUAGCAAUAUUGUGACCACUUUUCUCUUCUAGAAUCUACCCAAAAUGAAUCUGAUAAGUUUACAUGUUUUUAUGCCCCCGGAUCGAAUGAUCGGGGGUAUAUUGUUUUUGGCCUGUCUGUCUUUCUUUCUGUCUGUCAUUCUGUCCCAAAACUUAAACCUUACAGUAAAGUUUUGCAAUAACUUUUGAAAUAUUGAACAUAGCAACUUGAUAUUUGGCAUGCUUGUGUAUCUUAUGGAGCUGCACAUUUUGAGUGGUGAAAGGUCAAGGUUAUCCUUCAAGGUCAAAGGUAUAAAAAAAAAGUGGCGUAUUAGGGGGCAUUGUGUUUCUGACAAACACAUCUCUUGUUUCUAACUUGCAUAGGCCUCAAACUAAAAACAAACAGCAAUGUAAUGUGUUUAUUUCUGUUUUUGUUCAGAGGACGGCAACUUGAUGCUAUAAAUAAAUAUUUAUGAAAAAUUCAAAGAGUCGUAAGUUGAUUUUAUCCUGUUACGCGUACUUCAAAUUGAUCUGCUGUACUUUUAAUAUGUCAUCUGUAAGUGCAACUUGUAUGGUUAAGUUUGUUUGAUGGUAAUAGGUGGGUUUUUAGCUCACCUGGAACGAAGUGACAUGGUGAGCUUAUGUGACCGUAUGAUGUCCGGCGCCCGUUUUGCAUGCAUGGGUGUGUGCGUGCGUGUGUCCGUCAACAAUUUGUUUGUGUAAACAGAAGAGGUCACAGUUUUCAUCCGAUCUUUAUGAAAUUUGGUCAGAAUGUUUAUGUUGAUGAAAUCUGGGAUGGGAUUGUAUUUGGGUCAUCUGGGGUCAAAAACUAGGUCACUAGGUCAAAUAAUAGAAAAACCUUGUGUAGACAAAAGAGGUCACAGUUUUCAGCCAAUCUUUAUGAAAUUUGGUCAGAAUGUUUAUCUUGAUGAAAUCUGGGUUGGGAUUGUAUUUUGGUCAUCUGGGGUCAAAAACUAGGUCACAAGGUCCCUUGUGUAGACAAUAGAGGUCACAGUUUUCAUCCAAUCUUUAUAAAAAUUUUGUCAGAAUGUUUAUCUUGAUGAAAUCUGGGUUGGGAUUGUAUUUGGGUCAUCUGGGGUCAAAAACUAGGUCACUAGGUCAAAUAAUAGAAAAACCUUGCGUAGACAAUAGAGGUCACAGUUUUCAGCCAAUCUUUAUGAAAUUUGGUCAGAAUGUUUAUCUUGAUAAAAUCUGGAUUGGGAUUGUAUUUGGGUCAUCUAGGGUCAAAAACUAGGUCAUUAGAUCAAAUAAUAGAAAAACCUUGUGUAGACAAAAGAGGUCAUUAUGUACUGUUGUGGUGGGGUCUCCGUCCCCACCAGAUUGUUUCUGGAUGAUAACUCAAGAACACUUACGCCUGGGAUCAUGAAACUUCAUAGGUACAUUGAUCAUGACUGGCAGAUGACCCCUAUUUAUUUUGAGGUCACUAGGUCAAAGGUCAAGGUCACAGUGACUCGUUCUUGGAUGCAGUUUAGGACCACAUUUGCAGAUUAUAUAUGCACUGUUGGGGUGGGGUCUCCGUCCCCACCAGAUGGUUUCCGGAUGAUAACUCAAGAACGCUUACGCCUAGGAUCAUGAAACUUCAUAGGUACAUUGAUCAUGACUGGCAGAUGACCCCUAUUGAUUUUGAGGUCAAUAGGUCAAAGAUCAAGGUCACAGUGACUCGUUCUUGGAUGCAGUUUAGGACCACAUUUGCAGAUUAUAUUAUGUACUGGUGUCAUGGGGUCUCCUUCCCCACCAGAUGGUUUCCGGAUGAUAACUCAAGAACGCUUACGACUAGGUUCAUGAAACUUCAUAGGUACAUUGAUCAUGACUGGCAGAUGACCCCUAUUGAUUUUGAGGUCACUAGGUCAAAGGUCAAGGUCACAGUGACUCGAAAUAGUUAAAUGGUUUCCGGAUAAUGACUCAACAAUACUUAAGCCUGGGAUCAUAAAACUUAAUAGGUACAUUGAUCAUGACUGGCAGAUGACCCUUAUUGAUUUUGAGGUAACUAGGUCAAAGGUCAAGGUCACAGUGACUCGAAAGAGUAAAAUAGUUUCUGCAUGAUAACUCAAGAAUGCGUACGCCUAGGAUCAUGAAACUUCAUAGGUACAUUGAUCAUGACUGGCAGAUGACCACUAUUGAUUUUCAGGUCACUAGGUCAAAGGUCAAGGUCACUGUGACAAAAAACGUAAUCACACAAUGGCUGCCACUACAACUGACAGCCCAUAUGGGGGGGCCUGCAUGUUUUACAAACAGCCCUUGUUUAAUAUUGAACACAGCAUCUAUAUAUUUGGCAUGCAUGUGUAUCUCGUGGAGUUUCACAUUUUGAGUGGUGAAAGGUCAAGGUCAUCCAUCAAGGUCAAAGGUCAAAAGUUAAACAAAUGAUUUUCAUUUCUCCAUUCAAUCUCUUACUUACUUCUGUGGAGCUGCACAUUUUGAGUGGUGAAAGGUCAAGGUCAUCCUUCAAGGUCAUAGGUAAAAAAAAAUCAAAGUGGCUCAUUUAUAGGGGGCAUUGUGUUUCUAACAAACAUAUAUCUUGUUGUAAACAAAGUUUGAUGUUUGGUAAGGGGGGUCAACUCAAAAUAUUUGUCACCAGGUCAAAUCUUACAAAAACAAAAACACUCCAUAAGCCAGAGUUUUGGUUCAAUAGUGAUGAAACUUGACCAGAAUGUUUGUCUGGACAAUAUGUAGGUCAAGUUUGACGUUAGGUAAAGAUUGAAUGAACCGACUCCUCUCAGGUGAGCGAACUAGGGCCAUCUUGGCCCUCUCGUUUCUUUUUUCCUCCAGUUUGUGGGCAUUUCAGGAAGAAUUAUGAAGAUUCUUUAUGGGAGUCAACGAUAUAAUAAACAAACUAGCAAGUCCAAUGUUCUGCACAAAAGCUGUUACAAUGUAUGAAUGAUGCCUCCUAAUGUGACGGACGUAUUUUGUGAACAAAAAAAUGUAAAUUUUGAUGUGCAUGCAUAAAAGACUUAAGUAGGUUUUUAAAAAAUAGUAUUUGAUUGUUGUUUUAAGUAUGUACCAUGCUGUUAAGAUUAAGAUUUUAGUCUUGUAUGUCUUUUUAUACGUAUUUUUAACAAUGUGCAUUGAUAUGUUCAUUCCAUCAUAACUGAAUGUUAUAACAAUUCGGUGUUGAUGUGGCAUGUCUCCUAAAAUUAAAAAUAAUCGAUUAUUUUUGUCCAUUUAAAUAUUUUCUUCAAUAAAGUAUUCAAUAAAGUAUGUUUUGAAAUUGAUUAUUUUUGUCCAUUAAAAUAUUUUCUUCAAUAAAGUAUGUUUUGGCUGGCGACCUUAUUCAUUUUUCAUUUUGAAACCUAUUGUGUCGCUAUUUAUGUACAUUUGUAUACUUAGUUUGACUUGUGUAACCAGUAUUAUGAUACGAGGAAAUAACAUGUCCUUUUAGUUACACAACUCAUGUAAUUUUUUUUAUGAUAAGUUUUAAUUAAAACUUCCAUGGAAAAUAAUUAAAUAUGUUGAAUGAAGAUUUGUUUCUUACUUUCUUUUAUAAAAUCGAUUGUUUCUUUAUAUACACAACCCUCAAAUAUCGAUGUACUACAUUUCUUGUAUCCUCAAAAUGAGUUGUUUGAUGUUUUAGUGCCAACGUUGUUUGUUUCAAACCUAACUGUACCGAGGAAUUCAUUCUUCUCAUUGUGUAACUUUGCACAAAAUUUGCACAUUCUUCAUACACUGUUGUAUCAUUAUUAAUAUUAUUUGAAAUAAAUACAUUUCAUUGUGGUAA